AUGGGCCGCGGCUGGGCGAGCAGGGGGCUGGUGUGCGCCGCGGCGUUCUGCACCCUGCUCUGGCUGCUCUACGGCUGCUCCAGGGACGACCGACCGCUCAUGGUGCCUGCCAAGAGGUUCGUGGUGGGCGCCGACCAGCGCGUGUUCCCGUACGACCGCCAGAUGCCGCUCAUCUUCGUGGGCGGCGUCCCUCGCUCGGGUACCACGCUCAUGAGGGCCAUGCUGGACGCCCACCCUGAGGUCAGGUGCGGCCAGGAGACGCGCGUGAUCCCCCGCAUCCUGCAGAUGCGCUCCCACUGGCUCAAGUCGCAGAAGGAGAGCGUCAGGCUCGAGGAGGCUGGACUCUCUAAAGAGGUGCUGGACUCGGCGAUCGCGGCCUUCUGCCUGGAGGUGAUCGCGCGCCACGGCGAGCCGGCGCCGCGGCUCUGCAACAAGGACCCGCUGACGCUCAAGUCUGCCGCCUACCUGGCAGAGCUCUUCCCCAACGCCAAGUUCAUCUUCAUGCUGCGCGACGGCCGCGCCACCGUCCACUCCAUCAUCUCCAGGAAGGUGACGAUAACGGGCUUCGACCUGUCGAGCUACCGGCAGUGCCUGGGCAAGUGGAACUCGGCGGUGCAGGUGAUGCACGGGCAGUGCCGCGAGGUGGGCCCGGCGCGCUGCCUCAUGGUGCCCUACGAGCAGCUGGUGCUGCACCCCCGGCUCUGGAUGGCGCGCGUGCUCGCCUUCCUGGACGUGCCCUGGAACGAGUCCGUGCUGCACCACGACCAGCUCAUCAACAAGCCGGGCGGCGUCGUGCUCUCCAGGGUGGAGCGGUCGUCGGACCAGGUGAUGAAGCCGGUGAACGCGGAGGCGCUGAGCAAGUGGGUGGGCCAGAUCCCGGAGGACGUGGUGCGCGACAUGGCGGCGGUGGCGCCCAUGCUGGCCGUGCUGGGCUACGACCCGGCGGCCAACCCGCCCGCGUAUGGCCGGCCCGACGCCGCCGUCGCCGACAACACGGAGCGCGUGCGCGCCCAGCGCCGCCUAUGGGAGCAGAGGGCGCUGUCGCUGCUCAGCCUGCAGCGGCCGGCGCUGCCCGGGGUGCCCGUCACCACGCACGCCUCGUGA